GUUAGGGUUACUUCAGAGGCACUGAAACCUGACGCCACCCAACUGCAAUCGGUCCGCGGACACAGACUCACACACGGCUGUGGAUGGCGAGGACGCUUCCAACAAACAAUCCCAGCAGUCUCUGCUCAGGUGGACAUACGGAAGAAGGGAGGAAGUGUUGGCUGAGCAGGGGAGAGGGCGUGUGAGGAAGAGGAGGACAGGCAGUAAGAGGUGAAGAGCUGGGGAGACACCCUGUCCCGGUGGAUUUGGUGUCAGGAGAGGUCACAAACCUUCUCCCCCCGGAUGAGACCCCAGCUGUUCUCCCACUGGUUGACUUUGAUAUUACUUUUUUGGACCUCAUUUUUUACCAAAUUGUUUUUUUUUGUGUGUGACAUUUUUUCGAACUGUAACGCGACAUGAGAAGUUUCACCGAGGCAACGAAGGCCGUCUGAGUGAGGGAGUUGGGUAUUUCCAGAACCUGAGAAGGCCAACGGUGCCCUCUUCUCUCUGUUGGAGCUGCAACAAAUUAGUUUCCAAGUGAAUGAGAUAGUGGGACAUUAUCAUGGUCCCUCUCUGUGCAUGUAAACAGAUACAAUCUGUACAAAUACAGAGAAGCAAUAAGAAGUAAUUCAGUAUUUUGUUUUAUUUUCUCGUUCGUGCUUUGAAUUUGAAUACUAUAACAGAGAAUUGGGGGGGAAAAAGUAGUAUGUGAUUGACUCUAAAGAAGAGCAAGGGCCAGGCAGCGGAGGAGGAACACCAACACAGAUGGAGAAGAAGGAGGAGGUGGAGUUGGACGAGCGGGCUGAGCCGAGCUGCCUGCAGGCCGCCGGGGGGGUGCAGGGCGAGGCGGCGCUGGCAACGCUGCAGAAACAGCUGAUCUGUCCCAUCUGUCUGGAGCUCUUCAGCAAACCGGUGGUCAUCCUGCCCUGUCAGCACAACCUCUGCAGGAAGUGUGCCAAUGAGCUGUACCAGCCCUCCUUGUUCCAGGCUCGCACCACCAUGCAGGUGAGCAGUGGUCGCUUCCGCUGUCCGACCUGCAGACAGGAAGUUGUGCUGGAUCGCCACGGUGUCUACAGCCUGCAGAGGAACCUGCUGGUAGAGAACAUCGUCGACGUCUACAAACAGGAAGUCGGCAACAACGGCAACGCUGCAGGCCCACUACCUCCUCCUCCACCUUCUGCUCAUGUGACAUGUUCGGACCAUGAGGGCGAGAGGGUGAACAUUUACUGUCUCACCUGUCAGGUUCCUACAUGUUCUCUGUGUAAGGUUUUUGGAGCUCAUCAGUCCUGUCAGGUGGCUCCUCUGACAGAUAUCUAUCAGCAAAAGAAGGAUGAGCUGAGUGGAGAAGUCAGUUCUUUGGUGGCAGUCAACGACAAAGUCCAGGCAUUGAUCAAUGAGCUGGAGGAGACCUGCAAAAAAAUAGAGGAGAACAGUAAGACUCAGAAACAACUCGUGAGUGAGAAGUUCAGUUGUGUGUUUUCGAUCCUGCAGGAGAGACAAAAGGUGAUGACGCAGCGAAUCAGCUCUGAGCAGGAAGAAAAGACAGGCCGGGCCCAGGCGUUGGCCCGUUGCCAUAGAGACACCGUGGGAGCCAACUGCAAACUGGUGGAGAGAGCCGUGAGCAGCAUGGAGGAGCGGGACACGGCUGCGUUUGUGCAGAAUUCAAGAGAGUUGAUCACAAAAGUGAUUUCAGCGACCAGUUUCUCUCCAGCUGAGACACUGAAACCAGGUGAUGAGAGUUUGAGCCCCUACCGAUUUAACUUCAGCAGACAGGAGAGGGCUCUGAAGAGCAUCGACUUCCUCCAAGCAGUUGUGCAAGAUGUUCCUGAAAUUGAAAAGGAGCCUGAAGUUCCCAAAGAGCCCUCUGUCCACAUCGUAGAACCAGAACACCACCAGGAAGCCUCCCUGCAGAACCCACAACGGGUUGUAGAACCAAUUAUAGAGCUCAACCCAACAAUAAUAUCCCCACCAGUGAAACCAGCUGCACCAACAUCAGCCCCAGUCCAACCAGCUGCUGGUCUGGUGAGAGACUCUGUGGAGCCCGACUUAAAUGAUGGAGAACCCGCUCUGAUGAAGAACAAAACGACGGAGGAGGAGGAGGAGGAGGAUGAGGAGGAGGAGAAGGAGCAAGCGGAGGGAUGUGCAGCUCCUGGUGCGGUCAAGGGGGGCACCGGCUGUGAAGAGCUGGAGGAGACGAGCACACAAAUGGUUGUCAUUAUGCUCUUCUACCUGUUGGCCUUCCUGGUCCUCCUGCAGAAGGUUUGGGCUUACAUCGGCUGCUUCAUUUGAACAUAACACCAGCGGGAGACCCAACCAUCCUCGCUGCUGCACAGCUCAGUGUGACACUACUGCAAAGAUCUGAACACGUCCUCCACCACUGGUGAUAGUGAACAACAAACGUGUUGUUUUCAUGAUGACUAUUUCUAUUUGAUACUGAGUCUUCAUAUAAAGUAAUCCCUUUGCUCCAAAUGGAGACUGAGAUAACACCCAGGUACUGCUUCUGCUGGGUAAACUCCCCCGACAAUAGGAGAGAAGCUUCGGAAAGGAUGAUUUAAGGAGAAAGAAAGUUGCCCUCCAGUCAGGUUCAGGAGCUCAGCGCCUUAAACAUGCUUAUGGUCACACUUUUACUCCAAAGUUACACUAGUUUUAUCAGCAAGGGAAAACGUCUGACUUUGUUGGGCUUUUAUUAUGAAAACCUACUGAGAGGAAAUAGCCUUUUGCCAUUCUUACUAAAGGUCUUCACAACUGUCAAGUUAUUGUUUCCUGUUGCAUUAGCAGUCAUACUACAGCAGAGAAGUAGUAUUUGAUGGAGGAGCCAUUUUGAUGUACUUUACUAGAGUUUAAUUUACUUCCAUUUGAUUUUAUUCCACUUUAUUCAUCUGACUGUUUUGGUUACAAGUUA